AUGCAAGAAGUCUCCAACGAAUUGAAAAACGCAGCCUACGAGAACUCGCCACCAUUGACAUCAAUGGACAGCGAGGCGACACGAGCUAAAGCUGGUCCAGGCUUGCUGCUUUUUCCCGGCACGGCCCAGCGGCAUCAUCAGCAUAAUCGCAGCUUGCUUAGUACGCUGACGAGAACGGCAAAUGGAAAUGGAAAUGGAAAUGCUAAUGAUGAACACAUUGCCAUUAGUCAGCGUAAGCCGCCGCCGCGCAGCGUGCGCAGUAUUCGGCGUCCGGCGCUUUGGCAGCGCACACUCCGGCGAGCGAACUGCGAAGGCGCAGGGGAACGGGAUGGGGCAGAGGAGCAAGAUGACCACAGAGCAAGCGGCACUGUGUGCCUGGCCAAGUUGCAAGCGUUCAUAAUUGAGUUUCUGCAGGGCUCCUCCAUACAUGGCUUUGUCUAUAUGGCCAAAUUCGGUCUGAACUUUGUCGAGCGCAUGCUCUGGUUUGCCUUCAUCAUUGUUGCGCUCUUCAGCAUCAUCUCGUUGAGUCAUCGCACUUGGCAACGCUUUCAGACCUCGCCCAUGGUCAUCUCGAUGGAUCGCAACAAACUGGUGUGGAAUACCAGCUUCCCCUCACUGACAGUCUGUCCCCAUAAGCGCAUUGAUGAACUCAAAGUGGAGGACUAUAUGAUCGCUCAUAGCGAGCACUUUGAGGAUGAGGAGGAUAAAGAGGAUUUCCGUGAUUUUAUUGUAAAACUUGCUAGUCUCACAUAUGACAAUUUGGAAAGUUUGCCGCUGAACAAAUCGUUUGGCAUUGACAGCGGCAAAUAUUUGGAUAUACUCUAUGACUUGAAAUGGGCUUUUGAGCCGGAAAUCAGCAGCGGCGCCGCCGUCAAAAUGUUCAUCUAUGAAACACAAACGGAGUUUGGUAUUUGUCAUUCGGUUAACUCGCUCGUAGCCCAAUACAAUAGCUUUGACUAUUGGCGGUCGAAUGAUUGGAGCAUUUUGGAUCAUGGCGAUCGGGUUACAGUGCAUCCCUUGGAUGGCGAAAUCUAUGCGCAGAUUAUCAAUUUAUCCACAGCCUAUGAUGUUUACUUUCAUGGUGCAGGCGAUGUGCCCAACAUAUCUAAGCAACGCUAUACCUUUCCUGAAAGUGAUUAUACCACAGUGGAACUAAUUGCCCUGGAGAUUUACACGAACGAAGAGGCCAGAGCUUUUACCACUAAGCAGCGGCAGUGUCGCUUUCAGUAUGAGGCCGAAGAUAUGCAGACUGUGCCAAUCUAUAGCUUUGGCUUGUGCCUCUCCGAGUGUCGAAUGUUCUUCGCCUUACGAGUCUGCGGCUGUGUGCCGCACUUCUAUCGCAAUCGCUUGCGAAAUGGACGUCGCUUGCCCAUAUGCGGCCUGGAAGGCAUUGGCUGCCUGGCCAAAAUUAAACGCGAAAUAAUCUCAUUGAAAUCGGAUAAAUAUAAAAUCAAUUGCAAUUGCUUGUCCAACUGUGAUGAUUCCAACUUUUUUGUACAAUCCUAUAGGUCGCGCGUCUGGUUCCUGGGCGCUAAUUUACAAUGGGGCAUUAUUGAUUAUCCCAAAAUGCAGCUGCGCCGAGAUGUGCUCUUCUCCUUUGCGGAUGUCUUGGUUUACAUUGGCGGUCUGGUGGGCUUCUUCUUGGGCUGUAGUGCUCUAAGCUUUACAGAAAUUGUUUAUUAUUUUACAGCACGCUUGAUACGACGCAUGUUAUUUAAUUGA